ACUUUCAAAGUUUCAGUUGAGUUGAAUCGAACAGCCGCGGGACACGCACUAACUGUAACAAUCGAUCUUCAACCUUAUCAACUAAUCAGUUGAAUGACGGCAGAUGAUUUGACUUUGAGUUGAUGUAACUUGUUCCUACAUUGGUCAUUGAUGAAAUGAUCAUUCUUGUCCAAGUCCCACCUCCGAUCAGUAAGCAAUAAGCAUCAGUGACAACCGCAUUAACAAAAAUAAAGAAUAACUUUUCCGAAAUUUAAAGUUUUCAAUAUAAUCAGAAAAAAGUAUAAAUUAAUAUUAAUCAUGGCGAUAUUAGUGACUACGCUUGGACUUCUCCUAAUUGCCACUACAGUUUUAUCUGAUGAAGCUCCGAAGGGACCCAAAGUAACCCAUAAGGUCAAAUUUGACAUGAAAAUAGGUGAUGAUGAAAUUGGUACAAUAACAAUUGGCCUCUUUGGAAAAACUGUUCCAAAGACAGCAGAAAACUUCUUCCAAUUGGCUCAAAAGCCUGAAGGAGAAGGUUACAAAGGAAGCAAAUUCCACAGAGUCAUCAGCAAUUUCAUGAUCCAGGGUGGUGACUUUACUAAGGGUGAUGGAACUGGUGGACGCAGUAUCUAUGGAGAACGUUUUGAAGAUGAAAACUUCAAACUCCGUCACUAUGGAGCUGGGUGGUUGUCUAUGGCAAACGCUGGUAAAGAUACAAAUGGAUCUCAGUUCUUCAUUACAACAACUAAAACUCCAUGGCUGGAUGGAAGACAUGUGGUCUUUGGAAAAAUCUUGGAUGGAAUGGAUGUUGUUCGCAAGAUUGAAAGGACAGUAACAGGAUCUAAUGAUCGGCCAGUAAAGGAUGUUGUUAUUUCAAAUACUCACACAGAGAUUGUAUCUGAACCAUUCAGUGUCACAAAGGAGAGUGCAGAUUAAUGCUAUUGUCGGCAUAGUAUAAUAUUAUAUUAUAACAGAAUAGUUUAUUUUGCAUUAUAUACAGUAAAAUGUUACAAUUGGGUUAAAAACAAUUAUAUUUUAAGCUAAUCUUUUUUUUAUGUGAUGAUUUAUUUCAUGUGUAAUUUAAAUUUUUAACUUUUUACUUAUGGAAGAUUAUUAUGAUUACACAAUUUGAAUUAUUAAACAAAAUAAAUUUUUCUAACAUUA